GUAUGGCACUAGUUGUAAUCCAACAUGGCCGACUGGUAGCCAUCGGCGUGGAUUAGUGUGGAACAAUUUCUUUUCAUUUCUCGUCUCCUUGGUUGCUUUGGUGUUUAAUUCACCAUGACACUCACUCCUAAAGAAUUGUCCUCACUUUUGAGUAUCCUCGCUGAAGAUUCCCUUGCUGCAUCUUCCUUUGAAGCGAUUGCUUCCUCCUUACACCAGAGAUUUAACAAAAAUGAACAUUUCCAAAUUGGGAGUGCAAUGCUUAUGCUCUUACAACAACCUGACUUACUGCCAUUAAACAUCCAAAGAAUUGUAGUCCUGUUUUUGUUGUACGAAAUGUAUAAAGUGGAGCCUAUAGCUAAUAACCCUUUUGCGUCUGUGUUUGUCCAUGUUCUGAGUUCAAAUGAUGAAAACAAGAUCAGUGGUCUUGAAUCACUACCAGCACUGGGUUCAGCUGAGAAAUCUUUCUUGUAUCUUCUCAUCACCACUCCAUCAAGAGAUCUUCUAAAGAAAAAUCCCCGUCAAGUUUUAGCAUUCGACUUUCCUGGGGGAGGGCAGAACAUUGAUCUUAGUUCCCUGCAGUUGGCUCUGACAGAGAAAAAUUCUCAGUUGCCUGACUUGAGCUGCUGUGGACUGCCAGCAGUACUGGCUGAUGCUGACCCAGAUGUCAGUUCAGGGUUUGAUUCUACAGCAGCUUCACAAAUCACGGAGACUCUUGUCACAGGGCUGAAUCCACCAUCUGAGUUAAAUCUGAGACCAGUGUUUGCCAGAAUACCACCUCCACUGUACUCCUGUGAUGACGAGCUUGUAUGGAUGAACCCUACUGGAGAAGUGCAUACUGUUGAAUGGGACAGUACCAUGUGUGUUACAAACAGCGCUGGUGCCGAAGUUCGUCGUUUGAUGAACAAAGCUUUCAAGGCUCCUCUGGUCAUGCAACAACAACAGCAAGUCCUAAGUGAACUCGAAAAAGAUCCGAAGCUCGUAUAUCACGUGGGGCUUACUCCAAAUAAGCUUCCUGAUCUUGUGGAGAAUAAUCCACUGAUUGCCAUUGAAGUCCUACUGAAGUUAAUGCAGUCCAAUCAAAUAACAGAGUAUUUCUCCGUGUUGGUGAACAUGGAGAUGUCUCUGCAUUCAAUGGAGGUCGUCAACAGACUAACAACGGCCGUGGAUCUUCCUCAAGAGUUUGUUCAUCUUUACAUCUCGAACUGUAUUUCCACCUGUGAAAAUAUUAAAGAUAAAUAUAUGCAGAAUAGACUUGUCAGACUGGUUUGUGUUUUUCUUCAGUCUCUGAUUCGUAACAAGAUUAUAGACGUAAAGGACCUUUUCAUCGAAGUUCAAGCGUUCUGUAUUGAGUUCAGUCGCAUUAGAGAAGCAGCAGGAUUGUUUCGACUUCUCAGAACCUUGGACUGUGGUGAAACAAGUCCCGCCGCCACAAAGUAAACGGAAUGAAGUCUUGAUAUCCUACACCACUUGGAAGCGGCUGAUUAGCCUAUGGGCUUUAAAAAGAACUUACUGACUUUUUGGAACGUUUUCCCUUCUGCUUCCGCCAGACAAUUCUGAGUUAACCCUUUCACUCCCAUGAGUGACCCUAAAAGAAUUUUCCUUACAAUAUCAAUACGAUAUCAAGCAGACAAGUGAUAAGAAUAAAGAAAAAUAUCAAUUGG